AACAGGAAAUACCCUUUGCCUCUGAACUUGCAGAGUUCAAAAGAAAGGAAAAGAAAGAGAUUCGCUUCGACGUCUCUCUCUUCUCUUCUCCCUCUUCUCUGCUUAACUUUCCUUUUCUCUCUCCUUUUUCUUUGCUUCUUGAAGCAAAGAAAGAAGAGAGGAGAGGAAAAGCUUCCACAUAGAUAUAUACAUAUAUGUGUGUGUGUGUGUGUGUUUGUCUGUAAUAUUUUGAAGGCGGUUUUUCUUUGGUGAAGGAGAUGUUGGUUGCUAACAGUUUUGAUCUAUGGCAAAAGGACACCUUCUUCUCGGCAGCAGAGGAGGUUCAGCAAUCUGCAGAUAUAAUGGAAUCAGCUUACAGGAGAUGGGAAAGAGAGAAGAGAGAAGGAACAACACCUGAGGGUUUACAUGAACUUAGUAGGGAACUUCAAAUUGCUUUAGGCACAGCGAAAUGGCAGUUGGAAGAGUUCGAAAAAGCUGUCAGUCAGAGCUACAGAAAUCGUGUCGAUGAUGUUACACUGGCCAGGCACAGACAAUUUGUUGAUGCCAUAGGAAACCAAAUUUUCCAUGUUGAAGCAGCAUUAUGGGACUCAUUUAGUGAUCGAGGGCAGCCUCUUCGAUGGGUGAAUUUAAAUGAAGAAGAAUGUGAUGAUUUAGCUGCAUUUCUCUCUGGAAAUCCUGGAACUUCGGAAACUAUUAAAAGUGAAGGUGCCAUGCUUGGAGCUUUCACAGAUAGCUCUCUUCAAAAUAUGGAGGAGGGGUGUCAUAGAACAAAGGCUAUCUGCAUUAAUGAUAUUCAGCAUCAUACAACACUAUCUAAUCACUUUCGUGCUAGUAAUGAAGAUGCUAAGUAUGUUAUAGAUAUAGAAAUGACAGAAAUUCCUGGAUCAAGGGACGAUAUCAACUGUCCAGCUGACAGAAAAUCGGGCACAAGGAGAACAUGGAGUUCACCAGAUAUUGAUGCUUUGAAGAUUUUAAAUGGUAAUGAAGAUGAACCAAGGACUGCACUAAUACCAAGCAUUGAAGCCACACUGAAAGAUAAGGGUCCUAAACCUGUAUUCUGGAGGCAGAGGAGUGGGGAUCACCCUGAGGCAAAGAUAGGAAUAUUGAGUCGCUUGCAGUUGAGACGGAUCAGAUGGGUCAAUCAGAUCUUGGGACAGGGCGGGUGUCAGAGACAACUGCAAACUCCUCGGCAUUUGAAAUUGAACUCUGUCCAGUUCAAGAUUGCUUUGAUGUUAACCAUUUUUCUAAUUGUGCCUUUUGUACUCUACUCAACCUGAGAGCACCUUAUAUUAUUGCUCCUGAGCAGGAUGAUAGGUAUAGAGCAGUGCUUAUACAGACAAGUUAACAGAGCAGUCUUUCGGUAAAGGAAUUUCAUGUUAUUUCGGGUUUUGCAAGGGCGCGCAGGGAAUAUAACAUGCAUUGGAACAGUGCCCCUGUUAUAUUCUUGCUCAAAAUGUAAUUGCAUACAUAUGUUGAUGUAGUCUUUGACCCUACCUCUGAUUGUUAAGUUUCAAAGUUAAUGAAAUAACUUUAUAGCGAUUUCAAUGUUGAA